AGCCCGCAGACAGCCUGGCCGUCCUCCAUCCUGGCACUUCGCUUCAUCCUGGUACCUGCAAGUCCCCGGACUAAAAACAGGAAGCGAGUGAUGAGCGCCGCCGAAGAGGAGCGUGAUGGCGACACGCUGGAAACGGUCGAGUCGGUCACACUGACGCACGACGACGACGAUGGCGUCGCAUUACACUCCCCCCCUAACGAUGACGACUGUGAGCCCCCUGCCAAAAAAGUGUGUGUCGCCCCAGAGGACUCAGACUCGUCCUUUUCUGUGGUGGCGGUGCCCAUGGCCGACGACCACGAGCGCUUUGAGGUCACCAUGACAACCACGGCGGAGGGCGGCCUCUCUCAGGAGGGCGUGGCUCACAUUCAGGUCCUGCGUGAGGAGGCGCUGUCGGCCAAUGAGAAGGCGGAGGUGUCGGCCGUCAGCCAGGCGUGGUUCACCACCAAAGAAGACAAAGACUCGCUGACCAACAAAGGUCACAAGUGGAAACAAGGGAUGUGGUCCAAAGAGGAGAUCGACGUUCUCAUGAGUAACAUCAAGCAGUACGUCAAGGUGGGUUCAGUCUAG